AUGUGUCCACAGGCUGAGGCCUUCCUGCUCUCAGUCAACAGCUCAACUGUUGGCUACUCAGACAUGAUGCGGAGGGUCCUUUGGGACAGGCGGCAUCAUUGUCCACAUCUUCCUACCAAGAUUUAUGAUAAAACAGAGAAACCAUGUCGUCUCUCCGAAUACACCGAGAACUACCCUCUUUAUCACUCAUACCUGCCCAGAGAGUCCUUCAAGCCCAAGCUGGAGUACCAGAAAGGGUCUAUACCAAUGGAAGGCCUGACCACAUCGAGGAGAGAUUUUGGACCUCACAAAGUGUUACCAGUGAAGAUCCACCAGCCUGACCAGUUCAUUCCAAGUGAAGAGAAUAUGGACCUGCUCACAACAUAUAAACAGGACUACAACCCCUAUUCUGUCUAUCGAGUGGACCCCAUCAAACCUCGGGACAGUAAAUAUCCAUGUGGUGACAAGAUGGAGUGUCUGCCUACUUAUAAAGCUGAUUAUUUACCCUGGAACCAACCAAGACGAGAGCUACUUCGUCCAGAACACAACUACCGGCCAGAAUCAACUAGGUUUGAUGGUAGAACCACACACCAGGAUGAUUACUCUGUAAAGGGCCUUGUGAGCACCAUGAGCUGUAAGCCUCCAGUCAUGCCUAAGGUCUGUAACAUCCCCCUGGAAGAUCUGACUAACUACAAAAUGAACUAUGUGGCUCACCCUAUGGAGAAGCGCUUUGUGCAUGAGGCAGAGAAGUUUAGAGCCUGUGAAAUCCCCUUUGAGAGCCUCACCACCCACAAACAGUCCUACCGGGGCCUGAUGGGAGAGCCAGCCAAGAGCUUGAAACCUCCAGCCAGGUCCUGCGGGCUAGACACACCUUUUUCUAACGUCACGGAGUUUCAAGAUAAGUACCAAGCUUGGCCAACGCCCCAGGUGUUCUCCAAACCUCCUAUCCCCUAUGUCCCUCCUGAAGAAAAGAUGGACCUUCUGACAACAGUGCAAUCCCAUUACACAUACCCUAAGGGUGCUCCAGCUCAGUCCUGCCGACCAGUGCUUUGUGUCAAGAAGGGUGGCCGCUUCGAAAGCUCUACCACCACCAAGGAUGAUUACAAGCAGUGGGCCAGCAUGCGCAUGGAGCCAGUCAAGCCCGUCCCCCAGCUGAACCGUCCCUCCGAGCCCUUGGACUGCCUGACCACCACUAGGGUCCACUAUAUACCCCACCCACCUGUUAAUACCAAAAGCUGUAAGCCCCCCUGGUCUGGUCCCCGAGGAAAUAUCCCUGUAGAGGGCCAGACCACAUACACCGUCAGCUUUACUCCCAAGGAAAUGGGUAGGUGCCUGGCUUCAUACCCUGAGCCCCCUGGCUACAUCUUUGAAGAAACAGAUGCUUCGGGGCAUAGGAUAUACAGGCCGGUUUCCCAGGCAGGCUCUCGGCGGAAUAGUCCUCUUUCUGCUAGUGAUUCAGAAAACCCCAACCAGCAGGAGUUGGCAGUGUCAGCCUGA